GAGGCGCGGGGAUAGUGGACUCUUAUUUUGAAGGGCGCCCCCGCUCGCCACCCCCGUGAUUUGCACGCUGACCCAAUGGCAAGCCCUUGGCCGGCGCUGGGCUUGUUAUCAAUUACAUGUUGUUCCUGCAGCCGCUGUGUCCCCAGGAGGAUAAACAGCAGGCCUGGCCGGCUGGGCAGGGGGCGGAGUCCCGCCAGGGACUGUGCCCGGAACAGUGUGUCCCCUCCCCCUGCGCUCAGCCUGCGGCUCCUUCCCUGCCAUGUGCUAGUGUUUUAGGAACCAGAACUGGUCACCGCCCUGGUGUGCCCUCUCGAGCACCAGCGCCCAAAGCCCCUUCUUGGCUUUUCAGCGUCCAGCCUAGGCCUCUCAGCGCUGCCUUAGGACCCUUGCUGCCUGACCUGGGCCUUUCUACUACUGGUUUCACUGCCCGUCUAAAGGCCCAGGUCCUCCCAAUUUCUGCCAGGUCCUAUUUUAGACUCGGAUAUAGUAGUAGACUGAACAGUCAGAACAGCUUAUAUUCUGGUGGGGAGGUAAACAGAAAAUAAAGUACACGAAUAAUCGCAAUAGUUUCUUGCAGUGGAAACUGCUAGGAAAAAUAUGCAGGAUGGUGUAACAGAAGGUGGUCAGGGGAGGCCCCUCUAGGGAGUAACUUUUGAGCUGACAUCUAAAUAAGGCACUUCCACAUGGGGGUGAGGGAGGAGGGACCCAUGGAGAGCGACAGCCAGGGCAGUGGCCUGCGGCCCAGGUGCUCCUGAGCUUGGUGCCCACUUCCCCAGUGUGGAGUGGGGUGGGUAGAGGUGAGGCGUGGGAGAGAGGGGCAGGGCCCAGGUGCUGGGCUGUUCAGAGGAGAUGGGGUCACAUUUCCUUGGGAAGCUCUUGGAGGUUUCCUGACAACCCACUGUACUGUACUUACUUGUUUCCUCCACUGUUUCUUUUUGUAUCAUUUCAUCUAUGAAUUUCUCAGUUUAUAUCUCUAAAAGGUAAGGCUUUCUUUAAAAGGAAUGUGCCAACCUCAAUACCGUCAUCACUCUUAAAAUGUUAAUAGUAAUAACAAUAUGGAUCAGUUGGUGAUCACAUUUCAGGGGAGAGUUUAAGGUGGGCAGAAACACAGCCCACUCUGCCCCACCACCAGUCCUGGCCUAUUCCUGGGUUCCAGGAAGGCCAUCCCCCUGAUUCCUUGGCAUCACAGCAGAGGGGCAGAAGGACCAUGUGUUCCUAGUGGCUGGUACUCACCAGCGCCCAUGUGUGAGUCAGCCCUGUCAUUCAGUGCUCAGCCUGUAGCUCACUAGACUCUUACACCCACCUGGAAACAGGGCCCUGUUGGCAGCAUCCCCACCAGACACAGAGAGGUCAUGCCAUCUGUCUGAGGUUGCCCAGCUGAUAAGCUGCAGAGACAGGAGCAGAGCCUCCCGCUCAGAAGCCACCACCAGCACAGCCAGGCCAGCAUGGUGGACCACUUGUUUCCAGUGGACGAGACCUUCUCGUCGCCGAAAUGCCCACUUGGUUAUUUGGGUGAUAGACUGGCUGGUGCGCGGGCAUACCACAUGCUGCCCUCACCCCUUUCAGAGGACGACAGUGACGCCUCCAGCCUGUGCUCCUGCGCCAGCCCCGACUCGCAAGCCCUCUGCUCCUGCUGCAGUGGUGGCCCAGGAGCUGAGGGCCAGGACAGCAUCUUGGACUUCCUGCUGUCCCAGGCUACCCUGGGCACUGGUGGUGCUGGUGGCAGCAUUGGAGCCAGCAGUGGCCCCAUGGCCUGGGGAGCCUGGCGGAGGGCACAGGCUCCUGUGAAGGGGGAGCAUUUCUGUUUCCCUGAGUUUCCUGUGGGUGAUCCUGAUGAUGUCCCACAGCCCUUCCAGCCCACCCUGGAGGAGAUCGAAGAGUUUCUGGAGGAGAACAUGGAGCUGGGGGUCAAGGAGGCUGCAGAGAGCAACAGCAAGGAUGCAGAGGCCUGUGGCCAGCUCUCGGCUGGGCCACACAAGAGCCACCACCAUCCGGGGUCUGGUGGGAGAGAGCGCUGCGCUCCUCCACUCGGUGGCGCCACUGAGGGCAGCAGCCAGGCCCUGGGGGUGGGGCCUGCCCCUGACAGCCCAGUUCCCCUGCUCCUGCAGAUCCAGCCCGUGCAGGUGAAGCAGGAAUCCGGCGCAGAGCCUGCCUCCCCCGGGCAGGCCCCAGAGAGCGUCAAGGUGGCCCAGCUGCUGGUGAACAUCCAGGGGCAGACCUUCGCACUCGUGCCCCAGGUGGUGCCUUCCUCCAACUUGAACCUGCCUUCCAAGUUUGUGCGCAUCGCCCCUGUGCCCAUUGCUGCCAAGCCCAUUGGAUCAGGACCCCUGGGGUCCAGCCCCACUAGCCUCCUCAUGGGCCAGAAGUUCCCCAAGAACCCAGCAGCAGAACUCAUUAAAAUGCACAAAUGUACUUUCCCCGGCUGCAGCAAGAUGUACACCAAAAGCAGCCACCUCAAGGCCCACCUGCGCCGGCACACAGGAGAGAAGCCCUUCGCCUGCACCUGGCCGGGAUGCGGCUGGAGGGGAGGCUUGCUACAGUUGGUGCCGGGCCAAGGACAGCUAAGGACUGUGGAGCCAGGGCGGUGUGCCAUGUGGGCUGUGGCCAUGUGCACACUGCCCACCCUGUACCUCACAGCACCCCAGGGUUCUCACGCUCCGACGAGCUGUCACGGCACCGGCGCUCCCACUCAGGCGUGAAGCCCUACCAGUGUCCGGUGUGCGAGAAGAAGUUUGCACGGAGUGACCACCUCUCCAAGCACAUCAAGGUGCACCGCUUCCCCCGGAGCAGCCGCGCUGCAGUGCGCCCUGCAAACUGAGCACAGCCGGUGGCCCCCCCACCCCCACCCUUUAUUUUGUAGCAAUAAUUUAUUUGCCUCCUCCAGGAGGAUGUGACAAUGUUACCAACACACCUUCUGAAAACCUGGAGGUGCUGGGAGAGGGGGCUGGCGUGGGAGGCAGGAACCCAGAGCCCCCCUCCUGCUGCCUUUUCUGGAAAAGCUGCAGCCAUGCCCACGCCCCGCACCUGGGCUGGAGGCCAGCUGCCCCACCUUCGUGCCUUGUGCCUUUAAGCCUGCCAGCCUCUGCUGCAGUGGCCACGGGGCCUGGCCCUUUUCUCUCUGGGCUCCCCCGCUGGGCCCCAGGCCAGCACUUUAUUGCUUGGGAAGAAGAAAUGUGCAGUUUUGAAAUGUCCAUUCCCAGAGGGAGCCAUGCUGGGAGGAAGGAGAUGGGCCAGAAGCCCAGGGCUGCACUGUGCUGGAGGGUGGCUUUGUCCGGGAUGCCUGGCUCAGCCCGACUACCGGGGUGCUGGCCAUGGGUCAGGCAUGCAGGACCUGGCCUCCCGGAUGAAGCAGACUUGAAGUGAAAAGCCUCCUCUUUGAGGGGCUGGCAGUGCUUGUGCUUAAGUUGAAUGUGCAGGGCAGACAAGACAGAUGCUGGCUAGCCCAGAGCGUCUGUACCCAGCGUGAUGCAUCCUGUGCUCCUAUUUCCAGACAAAUCCAGACACCAGCCUCCAGGGUCACCUUUGGGAGGAGAGGGGUACAGACUGCAUCUCCUAUAAAAGGACUAGAUAAAGCCUUGCAAUCCUGAUUUAGAAAUGCAUUCCUUAUUUUGUCUAGAAAUUAAUAUUGAACUAGCUUGUUUUGACAGGUUUAUUUCACAUCCUAUGAAUGUAUGUAAAUAAGCUGUACAUAGGUACAUCUACAUAAAAUAUCUUUUAAUAACAUCAACAUUUGUGUAAAUUUGAAAUAAAAAAUCUAUAAAGCUGGUGUACAUAUGUUACAAUUAUGUAUAUUUUCUUUGGUCCUUCAUAAAAAUAUAUUUACUUUACCAAUAAAAAGAAAAAAGAACUCAAUCCUAUG